AUGCUGCGCAUCACAGCGGCUCGCUUCGCGCAGCUCUUCAGGCUGACGCAGUGCACGCUGCAGUCGGGAGCUUUCACGGCGUGCCCGUACCGUCACAGCAAGGAGGGAUCUGCCACGGUCAUGGCGCAAGGUGCGGUAGAGCAGUGCCCCGUCGUCGGCACAGCACCGCACAUGAGUUGCCCCGUAGAGGCGGGGCUCUGCGACCAUCGGCCACCAACCAUGUCGAGGAUGGUGUCGCAGAUGGGGAAGUCGCAGCUCUCCGCCUAUGUGGCCGCCACGGCGUUGGCGGGGUACGUUAUUGCCGGCGGCGCUAGCCCCUUCAUUGCUGCCGCCGUUACUGCCGGCACGAUGCUGCAGUCCUGCUCCGCCAACACGGCGAACCAGAUCGUCGAGGCGCCGUAUGAUAAGUUGAUGAAGCGCACCUGCCGUCGCCCUCUGCCGAUGAAGUUCCUCUCACCCCAGGUAGCCAUGGCCAUCUCCAGCGUGGAGCUGGCCGUAGGCACUGGGCUGUUGUACUGUGUCAGCCCGCUGGCAGCGGCAUUGGGCGUCUUCAACUGGCUGUUGUACGUUUGCAUUUACACUCCGCUUAAGCGUGUCUCUGCCCUCAACACAUGGUUUGGCUCUAUUGUAGGAGGCGUGCCGCCGCUGAUGGGCGGCAUUGCUGUCGCGGGCUCCAUCACGCCGCCGGUGUGGCUGCUGGCGACGUUCUUGUUUGUGUGGCAAAUUCCGCACUUUAACGGGCUCGCUUUCCACUGUCGGCGCGACUACGAGGCGGCCGGCUACAAGAUGCUUGCCUUCUACAAUCCGUGGCGCGCCUCCUUCUACGCUGUCGCUCUCUCCGUGUUAAUGGCCUUCCUCACUCUCGUCUGCCCGAUGCUCGCCGGCAUGGAGGUGGAGGGUGUGUGGUACUACUCGGUGACGGCCACCGCCAACGUGCUCAUGAUCUACAAGUCGCUUCUCUUUCACAACGAGCCGGUGCGCCACUGCCGCGGCUGCUUUGUCUUCUCGUACGUGUACCUCAGCGUGGUGCUCGCGGCGAUCGUGCUAAACCACAUUCAGCCGAUGCACCUUGCGCGGCGUGCCAUUGGCUACGCCGCCGCGGAUACGACGGAGGUGUCCGCAACGUCGUCGGCGUUGAUACCCACCGCAGAGGUGUAG